CGUUGCCAUGUGCCUGGUUGCCAUGGCGACAGCCGCGCCGCCGCCGCCCUGAGGAGCUCCCGCCAAUCCGCGGCGGCCGCAGGGGCGGGACUUCCUGCGGCACUGGCGCGGCGGCAGAUUUAUUACUACAGAGAAAAAUUACAAGGAAGUAAAAGGUGCUUUGGUGCUGAGCUACAAUAGCUGGACUUCUACUUCAUAGCUGGACUUUGCAGAAGGAAUUAAAGCAGCAUCUAGAAACAUCCUGUAUCUUCUAACCAUGUAAUCAUUCACCAGACAGCUUGAAGAUUUUCCAAUCUCUGCCAGGAGAAUUUAAACAUUAAAGGAAGAUGUCUUUUUUCCCCAAAAUAUCUUUCCAUCGUGAAGUUGAAGAGUAUCUCACUAAAGUGUUCAGAAAUAACGAGCUUAUAACUGCUUUAGGUGCAAAGGAAGCAGAGAGUAAAUAUCAAUGUCUGUUAAGUCAUCUAUCUCAUCCACCAGCUUUCACAACUGUUAGAGUCAAUACCCACUUGGCCUCGGUGAAACACGUGAAAAAAAUGCUGUUUGAAGAGAUCCGGAAGCAAUUUAAAGGAAUGUGUGUUCCAGUUCUUGAGCACCCAGAACUCCAGGACAUCUUAAUAAUUCCUGCCAUUGGACCCAGGCGGGAUUUAAAAAAACAUGAAUCUGAAGUCAUUGUUGGAGCACAGUGUGGGUAUGCAGUACUUCGAGGAGCACAUGUUUAUGUUCCUGGAAUCAUAUCUACCUCAAGAUUUAUGAAAGCUGGAGAUCUGGUCUCAGUGUAUUCAGACAUUGAAGGGAAAUGUAAAAGAGGAGCCAAAGACUUUGAAGGAGUCAAGGUUUUCCUUGGAAAUGGGGUUUCAGAACUGAGUCGCAGUGAAAUCUUCAGUUCGCGUGGCCCAAUGAAUGGGAUGGGCAUCAGAAUGAUAGAGCCAGUCUACCUCAGUCCAUCCUUUGACAAUGUGCUCCCUAGUCAUUUGUUUUUACAGAACUUGCCUUCAGUGGUUGUGAGCCAUGUUUUAAACCCUCAACCAGGAGAGAGAAUUUUGGACAUGUGUGCUGCACCUGGAGGCAAAACAACCCAUCUUGCAACAUUAAUGCAUGAUCAGGGUGAAGUAAUAGCAAUGGACAAGAUAGCUAACAAGGUCAAAAAAAUUAAGCAGAAUGCUGAAUUGCUACAGUUGAAUUGUAUUAAGGCAUUUUGCUAUGAUGGAACAAAGGCACUUUCAGUUGAGAAGAGAGAGGAUGAACAAGAAGGACCUCCAUUCUUACCAGAGUCAUUUGAUCGGAUUCUUCUUGAUGCUCCGUGUAGUGGGAUGGGGCAGAGACCAAACAUGUCUUAUUCCUCAACGUUAAAGGAAGUGAUGUCUUAUCAGCCGCUGCAACGCAAGCUUUUCACUGUGGCAGUGAAAUUGCUGAAGCCAGGAGGUGUUCUUGUGUAUAGUACAUGUACGAUUACACUUUCUGAAAAUGAGGAGCAAGUUGCGUGGGCCCUAGAAACUUUUCCAUGUCUCCAGCUUCAGCGACAGGAACCUCAUAUCGGAGGAGAAGGCAUGAGGGGAGCUGGACUGGCCCUUGAUCAGCUGAAGCUGCUGCAGAGAUUUGAUCCAGCCAUUGUGACCAUACAAGGAAUGGAUAUUAAAGCCUUGCAAGAUUCCCGGGAAGAUGAUUUGAUUUCACUGGCAAAUAAGGACUGUAUAGGAUUUUUUAUUGCAAAAUUUAUUAAAUUGAACGGUAAAUAAGCAUGCAGCAAUACAACCUG